GUGUAACCUUCUUGUCUACACCGAGGUCUCGAUAUUUGAUAUUUCCGAUUCCAUAUUCGCUGUUCAUUCUACAUCACUGGACAGCCUCAGUAAGGUCCCGAUAUCUUCCAGAUACUUUUCCGAACCCUAUUUCAUGGAUAUCUGAACUUCACACUUACAAGCAUCCACAUUCGACUCAGCCCAAACAACUUUUGAGACAAGAUACCAUCGCAUCUUCCACAAUGCCAGUCACCAAGCGCGGCCGCGCCCAGGAUUCGCCCAGCGAUAUCGAUGACUACGAUGACGGCACUGGCUUCGUCGCCUCUGACGACGACGCCCAACCCAAAAGCAAGAGAACCAAGACCACAAAGCCUAGCAGCGCCACAAAACCAGCACAGGCUCCUCAGACAAGCGAGAGCGGAGAGAAGUUUUGGGAGUUAUCACAGGGAAGAAACAGCAGGAGGGUCGGCAUCAGCGAAUUCAAGGGCACCCGUUUAAUCAAUAUCCGGGAGUUCUAUCAGAACCCCGCGGGUGAUUUCCUGCCGGGCAAGAAGGGUAUCUCUCUGCCGCUCGACCAGUACAAGGCGCUGCUCCAGGCGAUCCCUGAUAUCAAUGCCGCUCUCGCGGCAAUGGGCGAGACAAUCGAGUCAGGUGAUGCGGCCCCGAGGAAGGCCAGAGUAAAGGGUGCCGACGCCGGUGCCAAAGAGCAGAGGGCUAAUAUCGAUGAGACGAGCGAUGAGGACGGAGAAGAGUAGUCGUCUACAGGAGCUUGCUGUAAUUAUAUGUAUGAGAUAUGAAUUAUAAUGACCAUUCGCUAGAUGAAGAUGGAUGGAACUGUAUUUGCAUAUUCUAUUGUGUCUACACUCUUCUAGGCCCUACCGAAUCCAAAUAUCACUUCAAAG